AUACAACUCCCCAAUAUCCAUUCAUCCCUCAUUCUCACUGGGUUUAUAGUUAUGUGUAACUGUCACUGUACCUGCCGGAUGUAUCACAAUCUCCUGCACAUAGAGUGGCUGGGGGCCCGGCUGCUGGGAGUAGAUGUUCUGACCCGUUGGCACAGAGUUCCAGGCUAUUCUAAGCGCAGAGAGCAGCUAUUCUAGUCGCAGGGCUCAGCCAAUCACUGCCCGGCAGGACACACAGGGAUCAUAUGAAGGUACCAGUAGUCACCGGACCCCCCCCGGUACCAGACCCAGACAGCAGUGCUCAGAUACAAACAAGCGGCUGCACUGAGCCCUACACCUCAGAGUGGGUCCCACAGAACCAAGUAGAACCCUCAGGCGUUGGAGUGUAGGAGUCGGGGAGUCCAGAACGUGUAACUGGAACAUUCCCGUUGGGGUGCAUAACGUGGCACCCCCCGGGCACAGGGCAAGUGGAUCGUUCCGCCUGACUCAGGUACUGACCCAAUGGCCUCUCUGUGCCGGAGAUUUGGGUUUCACUUCCCUUGUACUAAAGGCAGAACGGAAAGAGGAAUCCUCUCUGCUCUCUGGCACAGUCCCCUGGUACCGAGGGCCCAACUGGCGACCCAGGAUGCUGGUACCGGCCAGGAUCAGCCAAUGACUGAGGGGCACAGUCCCCUGGUACCGAGGGCCCAACUGGCGACCCAGGAUGCUGGUACCGGCCAGGAUCAGCCAAUGACUGAGGGGCAAAGUCCCCUGGUACCAAGGGCCCAACUGGCGACCCAGGAUGCUGGUACCGGCCAGGAUCAGCCAAUGACUGAGGGGCACAGUCCCCUGGUACCGAGGGCCCAACUGGCGACCCAGGAUGCUGGUACUGGCCAGGAUCAGCCAAUGACUGAGGGGCACAGUCCCCUGGUACCGAGGGCCCAACUGGCGACCCAGGAUGCUGGUACUGGCCAGGAUCAGCCAAUGACUGAGGGGCACAGUCCCCUGGUACCGAGGGCCCAACUGGCGACCCAGGAUGCUGGUACCGGCCAGGAUCAGCCAAUGACUGAGGGGCACAGUCCCCUGGUACCGAGGGCCCAACUGGCGACCCAGGAUGCUGGUACCGGCCAGGAUCACCAUGAGACGGUCGGUACCAAAGCGCAACUGUGGGGCCGGUACCAUGAGAUGAAGAAGCUCAUUCACGAUCUGCUCCCCCCGGGGGUGUGCAACCUGCUGAACCCCAAUAUGAUCUGCGCCAACAAUGAGAUCAGCCUGGCAGAGAUUGAAAUCUACGGCUUCGACUACGACUACACGUUGGCGCAAUACUCCGACGCCCUGCAUCACAUGAUCUUCAGCACCGCCAGGGACCUCCUCAUCCAGCACUACAGGUACCCCGAGGGGAUCGGCAGAUAUGAGUAUAUCCCGGGAUUCGCCAUCAGGGGGCUCCACUACGACAUCCAGAAGAGCCUUCUGAUGAAGAUCGACGCGUUUCAUUACGUUCAGUUGGGAACGGCCUACAGGGGUUUAAACCCGGUUCCUGAUGAAGAACUGAGAGAUUUAUAUGGGGGAACCCAACACAUUCCCCUCUUCCAGAUGAGUGAUUUCUAUGGGAAGGGUCCGUCGAUGAAGCAGUUCAUGGAUGUCUUCUCGCUGCCGGAGAUGUGUCUCAUCUUGUCCGUCACCGAUUUCUUUAUCAGCAAUAACAUUGAGUUUGACCCGGUGCAUCUCUACAAGGACAUCACGGAUUCCAUAAAAGAUGUUCAUGUGAGGGGGCUGGUCUACACGUGGAUCGAGAAGGACAUGGAGCACCGGAUUCUCCAUGGGGACGAGGUCUACGCGGUGCUAAACAGACUCUUGAACCACAAGAAGAAACUUUUCCUCAUCACCAACAGCCCCUUCAGCUUUGUGGAUAAAGGGAUGAAGCACAUGGUGGGCGGGGACUGGCGGGAUCUCUUCGAUGUGAUCAUUGUAAAGGCCGACAAACCCGCCUUCUUCACUGAUUGGCGCAAGCCGUUCCGGAGACUGGAUGAGAAGGGGGCGCUGCAGUGGGACAAGAUUAAUUGCCUGGAAAAAGGCAAAAUUUACAAACAGGGGAACCUGUUUGAGUUCCUUCAGCUGACCGGCUGGAGGGGAUCCAAGGUGCUUUAUUUCGGGGACCAUCUGUACAGUGACCUGGCUGACCUGAUGGUGAGACACGGCUGGAGGACCGGCGCCAUUGUCCCGGAGCUGGAGGCCGAGAUUCGGAUAAUAAACAGUGAGCAGUACAUGCACUCACUCACCUGGCAGCAGGCACUCACCGGCCUCCUGGAGAGAAUGCAGAUGCACCAAGAUGCCGAGUCCAAGCAGGUUCUUCUGGAAUGGCUGCAGGAGCGUCAGGAGCUCAGGGCCCUCACCAAGAACCUGUUCAACCCCCAGUUCGGCAGCAUUUUCCGCACGUUCCACAAUCCCACCUACUUCUCCCGCCGGCUGGUCCGCUUUUCUGAUAUUUACAUGUCCUCUAUCAGCUGCUUGUUGAACUAUGAUAUCAACUUCACCUUCUACCCCCGCCGGACCCCCCUGCAGCACGAAGCCCCCCUCUGGAUGGACCAGCUCUGCACCGGCUGCAUGAAGACCCCCUUCCUGGAUGAAAUGGUACAAAUCCGAUGAUGUAAGCAGUAAGGUCCAAUCCAAUGCCAGUGACCCAAGUGCAUCAUGGGCAGGCCAGACCCGUUUCCUGUUAAUUAUUGGCACAUUGGUUCUGUUUCCUCUCUAAUUGGGUUCCCUAAUAAAGUCCGGCCUCCAGUAAUUACACCGCCGCACCAAUAAUGCAACUGGAUCUCCUCACUUUGCCCAAUUUAUAAGGCGCUUCAGCUUCCCCUUAACCCCCAAAACUCUUCUUUCCCAUUUCAGACCCGGCAGAACCUCCUAUUUCCUGGGGGAGGAUGAAGGGAUUCUCUUUUCCCAUUUCCGUUACACCCUGCAUGGUGGGUGUGACUUAACAUUUAUGACACAUGAUCAGGGGGUCUUCCCCAAAGAGAAAUUGUGGCCCAGUGAUACCCACGGGCCAAUAGACUGCAUUUGAGAAAAUAUUUGGGCUUAAAGGAUAAGGAAAGGCAUUUUGCUGCCACAUUAGUGCCACCUAGAACCCUAUAUUUAUUCUGCAGAAAGCUU